AAUUUAUUUAUUCUUUACUUGCUAACUUUUUCUCUGGAAUUUAUACUGUGCCCACUUUCAUCAGUAUGAAAAGAAUUUUGUGGACCUCUUUAUCUUUCACACCUCUCUUGCAAUUCCUCCAUUAAAUACACUAUCUUCCCUUUGGGGGUCGUCCCUUAGUAAUUUUCCUUCAUUCCUAUUUUCAUCUCCCUCUUGAAUUCCCAUUUCUGAAAUAUAAGCCUUCUGCAUCUGAAAUUUUCUUAAUGGCGUCAAAAAGAAUAUUGAAGGAGCUCAAGGACUUGCAGAGAGAUCCCCCAACUUCAUGCAGUGCAGGUCCUGUGGCUGAGGAUAUGUUCCAUUGGCAAGCAACUAUUAUUGGUCCAAAUGAUAGUCCCUACGCUGGUGGUGUUUUUCUUGUGACAAUCCAUUUCCCACCUGAUUAUCCUUUUAAACCUCCCAAGGUUGCCUUCAGGACCAAGGUUUUCCAUCCAAACAUAAACAGCAAUGGCAAUAUCUGCUUAGACAUACUCAAAGAACAAUGGAGUCCUGCGCUCACCAUAUCUAAGGUUUUACUCUCUAUAUGCUCACUGCUAACGGACCCAAACCCUGAUGACCCUCUCGUUCCAGAGAUUGCUCAUAUGUGCAAAACUGACAAAUUCAAGUACGAAUCUACAGCUCGAAGCUGGACCCAGAAGUAUGCCAUGGGCUGAACUAGGUGCUACACGUAAUUUUUACAUGCCUCCACGUUUGCCUAGUUAGCUGCGAUGAGAAAUUGAGCUUUUAAUUGAUCUUGAUCAAGACGAGGAUGUCGUUCAUGAAGUCGCUAGACCAAGGUUUGAAGAACGUUUUCAACGUUGAGAACCAUGGCAGUCUAUUUUCUAAAGUAAAACAGUUGAAUCCAGCAUAGUUGAGGAAAAUUUAAUGAUCUUUGUUAAAGCUUGUAGAUAAAUAGGGCUUGGAAUUAGACUUUGGAGCCAUUUUUAUGAGUCCAGGGAAAAAAUAUACAAUGGUUAUCAAGAUGGGGCAUGUCAUACAUGUUGCAUGAUUUGAUGCUUCAUUCUUACACUGAAUUUCAUCAAUCAGAAACCAGUGAGAGGUAUAAACUCUGGUCUUUUCUCUAUGUUAUGAUUGUUUCUUAUUCAAUUUGUAUGAAAUCGACCUCUCAUUGCAGGCUUUUCCUCUUUCUUUGUGGUGGUGUUACUGAAGUUCAACAAUAUACCAAAAUUUCAUAUAUUUAGAACUUAAAAAUUUAAUC